CUUCUGACCCUCUUUCUGCAGCGUUGCGCCACCUCGUCGGAGCUCCAGUUCACGUCCAGCAUCGCAUUGCAUUGCCUUGGUAAGCAGGUCCCAGCAACAUGGCGGACAAGGCGUGCACCGUGCGCACUCGCAAAUUCAUGACCAACAGACUGCUCGCCAGAAAGCAGUUCAUCAUUGAUGUUCUUCACCCUGGUCGUGCCAAUGUCUCGAAGGCCGAGCUGAAGGAGAAGCUUGCCAAGCUUUACGAAGUUCGUGACCCUCAGACUAUCUUCGUGUUCGGCUUCAGGACCCAAUUUGGAGGUGGCAAGUCCACUGGGUUCGGUCUUAUCUACGACUCUGUUGACUCUGCUAAGAAAUACGAGCCCAAGUACAGGCUCAUUAGGAAUGGAUUGGCUACCAAGGUGGAGAAAUCCCGGAAGCAGAUUAAGGAGCGCAAGAACCGUUCCAAGAAGAUCAGGGGCGUGAAGAAGACGAAGGCCGCCGGUGACGCCAAGAAGAAAAAGUAGAUCUGAGAUUUUUCUUCAGAUUGUAUAGCCGUAAAGUAUACUUCUCCUGGUGGAUUUACUAUGGCAAUCUUAAUGAAAUGAGAGUUAUGACAUGUAUUGUUCGAGGCAUUUGUUUAGUUA